AUGAGCUGGAGCUUCCUCACGCGGCUGCUGGAGGAGAUCCACAACCACUCCACCUUCGUGGGGAAGCUGUGGCUCACCGUGCUCAUCGUCUUCCGCAUUGUUCUCACCGCCGUCGGGGGGGAGUCCAUCUACUACGACGAACAAAGCAAGUUUGUCUGCAACUCGGGCCAGCCGGGCUGUGAGAAUGUCUGCUACGACGCUUUUGCCCCUUUGUCUCACGUCCGUUUUUGGGUCUUUCAAAUCAUCCUAGUGGCAAUGCCCUCUCUCAUGUACAUGGGCUACGCCGUCAACAAGAUUGCGCGAUUAGAUGAAGCGAAAGGGGGGGCUGGAGCCGCUGCGGUCAGAACUGCAGGAGGUGGCUACACACACAGGAAACCCAGGAAAAUCUGCUUUGGGGCGCGACAGCACCGAGGGAUCGAGGAGACGGAGGAGGACCAGGAGGACGACCCCAUGAUCUACGAGGUGCCAGAGAUCGAGCCCCCCAAAAGGCCGCGAGAUCCCCUGCAGCCCACCCCGAGGCCCAAGAUCCGGCACGACGGGCGCACGCGGAUCCGGGACGAGGGGCUGAUGCGGGUCUACGUUUUGCAGCUGAUAACUCGCACGCUGCUGGAGGCGGGCUUCCUCGCGGGGCAGUAUUUGCUGUACGGCUUCCGCGUCACUCCGGUGUUCGUGUGCUCCGGGAAGCCGUGUCCCCACAGCGUGGACUGCUUCGUGUCCCGCCCCACCGAGAAAACCAUCUUCCUGCGCAUCAUGUACGGCGUCACGGUCCUCUGCCUCACCCUCAACGUGUGGGAGAUGCUCCAUUUAGGCAUCGGCUCCAUUUACGACAUUCUCCGCCGUCGCCGGUGCCCACCCCAAGAGGACGAGUACCAGCUGGGCCUACUGGGCGCCAGUGGCGGUGCGGAGGCACCCGCGGGGGUAACGGGGCCCGAGGCAGGUUCGGAAGGAGGGGUGGGUGGAGAUGGUGCUGCAGAUUACGUUGGGUACCCGUUCUCGUGGAACACCCCCUCAGCUCCACCGGGGUACAACAUUGUGGUGAAGCCGGAGCAGAUGCCCUACACGGACCUUAGCAAUGCUAAGAUGGCGUGCAAGCAGAACAGGGCGAACAUAGCUCAGGAGGAGCAGCAGCAGUUCGGCAGCAACGAGGACAAUUUCCCCACUGGAGGUGAAGCCCGCGUGGCCCUCAACAAAGACAUGAUCCAGCAGGCCCACGAGCAGCUAGAAGCGGCCAUCCAGGCCUACAGUCAGCAGCACCGCGCAGAGGAGCAGCUCGGAGACAACCAAGACGACAAACCCCAGAGCAACAUUAUCCAGGCUCAGCCUCCGCCUCAGAAAGAGCGCAAGCAUAGAGUCAGGCACGGGAAAGGAGGCAGCAGCGGAGGGUGCAGCAGCAGCAACAGCAGCAGCAGCAAAUCAGGAGAGGGCAAGCCCUCUGUAUGGAUUUAA